AUGUCCAUUUUUAUAGUCGUGGCUUUGACAUUUGCCAUGGCCGUGUUCCUCACAUGGCGAUGGAGAGGUCACAACGAUGCCAAGCGGCCUUACAAGACGGAUCUCCUUGAAAAGCCUGAUCACAAGUCUGCCAUUGAGCCUGUGAAGGACUUCAACUGGCAAGAAAACAUGCCAACCAAAUACCGACCAUUUAAGCCGGUCUAUCACAUUACCAUGGCCAUUCAAGCAAGCUCACCAGAGGAACUGAUUAUAAUGGACAGCAACUACCUGGAUCGUGUAACCGAACGUCGCGAGACAAUUAAACAACACACAUCUACAGUACUGGGUGCCGUACCUGAAGGUAUCCCCGCCAUCCAUGAAGUAUGGACGUAUCUUCUUGCAGAAUACCUGCCAGCGCGGUACCCAACCAUGUUUUCCGUGAUCGAUGAGGGUUGUACUUUCCAUAACAAGGUUACCAAUGUUUCACUACCUUUGACGCCACCAGAGGAUCCAAACGUUGCGCUGCAACUCCUCGGAGAGACUGUGGAAGACGACAUCUUUCUCCUGGUUGAGACUCCGGAUGGUCAUCGCUCAGUGGCAUUCGUCUGCUGCCAUCCGGCGGGUUUCGAUCCUUCUGAAAAGUUAGGGAAGCUGCUGAAGGAAAUCCACACGGAAGUGCCUUCAUACGACAAGAUUGGUGCGAGCAUGGAACGUUUCUUCAGCCGGCUACAAGUUGGCAAGAGCGCAAAGAGAAUGAACUGGUCAAUUUCGACAAAUGAGCGUCUAUUCAGCCCUAGCGGGUUACAUAUCUACGACGGCGACAAGCCGAAGGAGGACGAGGACAUUGACAUCAGCAAGACGCGACUCAGACAAGAGCUUCAAACUUUGACGAGACUUCCCAAGACUGGCGCUAUAAUGUUCUCCUUCAAAACUUACCUUACCCCAUUGGAAGAGAUCAAGGAGGAGGGUCUCGGACCUCAGGUUGCUGAUGCCAUUGAGGGAUUGAAGACGGGGAACGCGCCGGGCAUGUGGGUGUAUAAGGGAGCAACCCGUUGGGGUAAGAGUGCGUGCGAGUUUCUCCGUUCAUAG